AUGUUGGCUUCCUCUGUGUGCGAGCUCUCCACAAAACCCCAAACUGACUGCGAUCUGGAUUCUAUCAUCAAAUCUGUGCGUGUGCGCGCCCCCGUGGCUCCAAACCCACAGAAACCAACAGAAAUCCAGAGAAAUCUUUUAUUUUGCCCAGAGACGUCACCUCACCAUCGCUCCGCCGCGGCCCGAGAGCUAAACCGCAGCUUCCGCCGCGAGAGUCGGACAUUGUUCGGUAGAAAGAGCCAUAUUCAGGAACAGGAGCUGGUGUCGCAGGUUCGAUUCCCCCGCUGGGCCGACGCAACGCGACCAGUGGUGGUAUGUGCGAGGCUAGAGCUCGGGUUUAGGAGCCAUCUUGCAUCAAAAUCCACAGAGGAAAUGGAAAAGCGCUGCAGAAACCCCCGCUUGUGCCUCGAUCGGAGCUUUACGAGGAUCAAAGGCACCGCUGCGUACGUGCGUCCAUUCUCAGAGCGAGCGUCAGUCCUGGUCCGGGCUGGAAGGGGGCGCGACCCGGGCUGA